GUCUAAACUGAUAAUGGAGUUUGUGCGAUGACAGCUGUAAAAUAAAAACAAAAGACUUUGGUAAAUAAAUACAAUUGGUAAUUUCGUAAAUAAAAAUGUUCUCGAGGUGAAACCAAUAAUCGUCUUUACCAUCAUGGCAUCGGUGAAAGUGGCUGUCAGAGUGCGACCCUUUAACCAAAGGGAAAUCGACAUGGAUGCACAAUUAAUUAUACAAAUGAAAGGAAAAACAACUGGUAUACUGAACAGCAAGGCCAACGCAAGAGAUGAAAAUAUUAGAUACAAGGAAUUUACUUUUGAUUAUUCGUAUUGGUCGCACGACCCUAAGUCAGACCAUUUCGCCUCGCAGGAAAUGGUUUACAAUGAUUUGGGUAAAGAGGUUAUUGACUGUGCUUUUCAGGGCUACAAUGCCUGUGUGUUUGCCUAUGGACAAACGGGAAGUGGCAAAACGUUUACAAUGAUGGGCUCUCCUGAAAACCAAGGAUUGAUCCCUCGCAUUUGCAAGAGUUUGUUUGAUAAAAUGAGUGAAAACUCAAAAAUGGGCACCACACAUAGGGUACAAGUGAGCUAUUUAGAGAUUUAUCAGGAACGGGUUGCCGAUUUAUUGGGCGGACGACGGGACAACAAUUCGCUCAAAGUCAGGGAACAUCCAAAAAAAGGUCCGUACGUUCAGGGCCUAACCACCUGUCUUGUCACCAACUAUAAUCACAUACAGGACUGCAUGAACAGGGGAAACUCCCACAGGACAACUGCUGCAACAAACAUGAACGACGUGAGCAGCAGAAGUCACGCAAUCUUCACCAUAACGUUCGUCCAGGCUGGUUACUGCGACGGCGUGCCAAGCGAAACGGUUUCCAAGAUUCAUCUGGUGGAUUUAGCGGGAAGUGAGCGUGCAGACGCGACCGGAGCCACCGGUCAGAGAUUGAAGGAAGGGGCGCACAUCAACAAGUCGCUCGUUACUUUAGGUUCGGUCAUUUCCGCCCUGGCCGAGCUGAAAACGGUGGAGAAAGUGGAGAACGGUGCUCAAAAAAAGUCGUCCCUUUUCAUACCUUACAGGGAUUCGGUGCUCACGUGGCUGCUUAAAGACAGCCUGGGCGGCAACUCCAAGACCAUCAUGAUCGCAGCCAUCAGUCCGGCAGAUUGCAACUACGGCGAGACUUUGAGCACGUUACGCUACGCCAACAGAGCGAAGAACAUCAUCAACAAACCGACGGUGAACGAGGAUCCGAACGUGAAACUGAUCAGGGAGCUGCGCGACGAAAUCAGCAAACUGAAGGCGCUGAUGUUCAGCGAGCAACGGUCCGACAUGCUGGCGACGCUGCACGAGAAGGAGGCGAGGGAGAAGGAACUGACGGAGGAGUGGGCGGGCAAGUGGAGGGAGGCGCAAGCCAUUUUACGGGAACAACGAGCUCUCGGCCUACGGAAGUCCGGUCCCGGCGUCGUGUUGGACUCGGACCGUCCCCAUUUGGUGGCCAUCGACGACGACCCGUUGAGCACGGGCGUGACCCUCUACCAUUUGAAGGAGGGCCAGACGACGAUCGGCACCGAAGACUCGGACGUCAAGCCAGACAUCGAGCUGAAGGGGGCCGGCAUGGAACCGCAGCAUUGCUCUAUUAUUUUCGAAAACGGCCUCGCCACUUUGGUACCUCAGCCUGGCGCCCACGUCAUGCUUUACAACACGGUCAUCGAAUCUCCCACCAAGUUGUCGCAGGGGUGCAUUAUAUUUUUAGGGAAGACGCACGUCUUCAGGUACAACGAUCCUGCGGAAGCGGCUCAGCUGCGACGGGGUGAACGGACGAACAACCUCUCCCGGUUGAGCUUGUUGAGCUGGUCCACGCCAGACCUUGCCGUUUCCAUGGAGAACUUAAUAGACGACGAGAAAUCGGAAAUCGAGGUGCAACGUCAAAAUUUAGAAAAAGAAAAGGAACAAUUUGGAAAAGAGCUGGAGGCGUUCGAAAAGAAGCAGGAGGCGUUCGAAAAACGGCGACGCACGUUGGAAAUAGCACAAGCCCAGUUGGAAGCCGAAAAAGUGUCCGUCGAGAAGGAACAUGCUGAACAGGUGCUGAGCCGUCAACUGAGAGAGGACUGGAACAACUUGACGGACCAUCAACGGGAAAAAGAGCAGGAACUGAAACAGAAGGAGCUCGAAUUGAUCCGUCAACGCGAGGAAUUGGAAAGGGAACGACAGAAGCUCAUGGGUGAAAUAAACAACGAGUGCGAGUCGCUGCACCUACUCAAUGUAGACGCAGAACUAAAGCUCAAGACGGUUUGCAAUUUUGUUAUGUCCCAGGUCAAUGAGUUUACCUUUCCUACCGAUCCUACCAAACAAAAGUCACUUUUUCAGGAGCUUAUGGCUAAGUCCCAGUAUACCGCCCUCUCCCAUUCCGAAUCGGAACGCCUUGUCGAUAUAUUGAACAGUGUUAGGGGAUCAGCAGCUCUUCAAGAAGUAGUCAAUCAACACAGAAAACAAUUAGCUGAUCUUCAAUCCGAAUUGAGCGUCCGAGUGUUGCAGCUGGCCGACCGUCAAAAGACCAUCGAGAAACUCGACAAAAGACUGGUGGAGCUGGUCGACGAACAGCUACAACUCAACCACCACCAAGAGGACAAGAAAGACGAGCAACUGGAAAAUUUGAAAAGAGUACUGUCGUCCAGAACCAAAGAGGAACUUAAGAAAAUAGACGAUCGCAAACAAAGUUUGACGUUGAACCUCAGAAGGGUACAUUCGGCGGAAAGUCCGAACUCCUGCGAGGUCAACUACACUAGCAGCGUGGAGAACGCGACCACACACAGCAGCGACACCUAUCACACCGCUCCGAGCAGUUGUUGUUGCACACAAGAUGCCACCAGGGGCGGACCGGAGUGGUUGAUGAGCGACAGCGGUGUCGAACUGAGACCCGCCUCCAAGCUACACGACGACGAAAGCGAUGACUUGUCUAGCAAUGAGGAUUGCAAGGUCGGCGGCAGUGACUCACAAUCGAGCAGUUCGAUAGAAAAUCACUCUCCGUUGAAAACAAAGACCAGAACAUCCAAUCAGGAGCAGCACAUUCGCAGGAUAGCACAAAGGAUAUCACUUCAGAAGCAGCUAAUCGUCAGGAAUCUGGACAGCAAUUGUCCGAAAGCUUAUUUAGACUCACAAAUCGAGAUUUUACAAGAAUAUCAAAGACAAUACAUGGCAUUGAAAAGUGGAUCGUCGUCGUGCGUGUUGUCGCCAGCCCAGGAACACCCGUUACAAGACAUCAGUGUGGACAGCAGCCCCAGUCCAAUUAAGCCUUUGCACACAGGCUCCACUUCCGCCCUGUAUUCACCCCAUCAUCAUCUACAACUGCAAAACAAUCACAGAUUAGCCCAUAACGGACAGACAUUGUACAGGUCAAUGCCGUCAAUAACCACAGACACCGAUUCGGAUUCCAUAGUGAGUGUGGUGGGUUAUUGUAUAAGAGGUGCUGGUAGUAAAACUCACUACGAGUAUGAGCUUCGAAUUUGCACUGUGGACGAUCGAUGGACGAUAUUAAGAAGGUACAGCCGUUUUAGAGAUCUUCAUCUGGCGAUGAAAGUUAGAUAUAAGGACAAGGUGUCCUCGAUCCCGUUCCCGGCUAAGCAACUGUUCUCGAACAACGAGAGCGUGGCGAGCAGCAGGAAACGACAACUGGAGCUGUAUCUGCGUCGACUGAUCGACACUUGCCGGAAUCACCCGAACUGUCCGCUCGCCUACGGUGGCGGACCAAUCACCAAAGCGGCCUUGACUAACUUCUCGCCGUUCUUCCGUAAAGGUGUCUUCGAGAACGGCAAAUAUGGCACGUCCUGAUAUACCACGAUCAUCACCAUCAACCUCUCCUGUUCUGUUAUAUCGUCGUUUUCAAUUACGUUUAUAUUAUGUAUUUUAUGCACGUUUCCUACACUCUUAUGUUUCCUUAUUUAUUUAUACCUUGAUAAAUUAUUUUUUUACAUAGAUUAUAUUUUACAAAUUAUUUACUUACUUAAUACUUUUUAAAUAAUUAAUUCGUGCUAGUUUGAUCGGGUACAGGGCGGAGGGGAGUUAGGGUGCUUACAAUUAAUCUUGCAAGAAAGCUUUUUAUCAAAUUUUUUGUACGUAUUGUAAUUGUAAUUUAUAAGUUGUAGGUAAGUAGUACAUAGUAACAGAAUUCAUACAUACAUAUACAUAUGUACAUUACACAUACAUAUUACAUUGAAUCGUAAGUAACCAUUUAAACUGAAUAAUUAUUGUACAGAAAAGACUAUGUAUAAUAACCAUAAGAGAAUUAUUUGCAAUAAAUUAAAUGAAUAUUGUAUAUAGUUAUAAAGAGUUAUAGAAUUAAAUCAUCACGUGCUAAAAGUGCAAAUGCUAAUGCAUCUCCUAGAAACGUGUACAUACAUACGUAUUUAACAAAUCAAUUAAUAUCGAAACAGCAUUUUUAAUUAUUAUUAUAACUGUGCAAUUAAAGUGCUUUCAUAAUUAUGUUAUUUGUUUAAAAGUCGAUGAAUUAUUCAGGGUGAUGCACUGGUUAGGGCUGGUUAGUAAUUAUUAAUUAAGUCUUAGGUUUCUAAUAUAACGACUCUGUUUGAUGAAUUGCUUCCAAGAAGUACAAACAAAUAUAUAUCUUGAUUUUUUAUUUCACUUUGGAUAAGCGGCUUUGCUAAAAAACUGAUUAUAUGUGAUUGAUAGUGAUUUAUUUUUAUACUACUGUGUGAUAUAUAACUUUUCUCUCCAAGAUGAUGAUAAUGAUGAUGAUGAUGAUGAUGUUAUAGAUAUAUAAUAGCAAAAAAAUUAAUGUUUGAUUGACACUACCAAUCUCACAGAUUGAGUUAUGUCGAAUUUAUUGUUGUUAUAUGUUUUUUAUCAAGUAAGAAAUGUUAACUCAGUGAAAUAAACGAAAAUAAGCAAAUUUAAUUAACGCUACAUUACUUACUUAUUAUUAAUAUUGUUGACCUGUUUAUUGAUAAUAUUGAAGGCAAAUAAAUAAUGGUGAGCGAA